GGGAGGCGCGCAGCUGGACCGGGAGCCUGGGGCAGCCGGACCAGCUGGCUCUGGAAAGGCACAACGUGCGGCCACCGGCCACCAUGCUCCAGCGCUGCGGCAGACGCCUGCUGCUAGCGCUGGCAGGAGCGUUGCUGGCUUGUCUCUUGGUGCUUACCGCGGACCCGCCACCUACUCCAAUGCCCGCCGAGCGCGGACGGCGCGCGCUGCGCAGCCUGACUGGCUCCGCUGGGGCGGCUCCGGGUCCAGGUUCCAGGGCGGCCGUGGAGCCCGGAGUAAUCGCCCGCGAGGUGCACAGCCUCUCCGAAUACUUCAGCCUACUCACCCGCGCGCGCAGAGACGCAGAUCCACCGCCCGGGGUCGCUUCCCGCCAGGGCGACGGCCACCCGCGCCCCCCGGCCGAGGUCCUGUCCCCUCGUGACGUCUUCAUCGCGGUCAAGACCACCAGAAAGUUUCAUCGCGCGCGUCUCGACCUGCUGUUCGAGACCUGGAUCUCGCGCCACAAGGAGAUGACAUUUAUCUUCACCGACGGGGAGGACGAAGCUCUGGCCAAACUCACAGGCAACGUGGUACUGACCAACUGCUCUGCGGCCCAUAGCCGCCAGGCUCUGUCCUGCAAGAUGGCUGUGGAGUAUGACCGUUUCAUUGAGUCUGGGAAGAAGUGGUUCUGUCACGUGGAUGAUGACAACUACGUCAACCUCCGGGCGCUGCUUCGGCUGCUGGCUAGCUAUCCCCACACCCAAGACGUGUACAUCGGUAAACCCAGCCUGGACAGGCCUAUCCAGGCCACAGAACGCAUCAGCGAGCACAAGGUGCGACCAGUCCACUUUUGGUUUGCCACCGGAGGAGCUGGCUUCUGCAUCAGCCGAGGGCUGGCCCUAAAGAUGGGCCCAUGGGCCAGUGGGGGGCACUUCAUGAGUACGGCUGAGCGCAUCCGACUCCCCGAUGACUGCACCAUCGGCUACAUCGUGGAGGCACUGCUGGGCGUGCCCCUCAUCCGGAGUGGCCUCUUCCACUCCCACCUGGAGAAUCUGCAGCAAGUGCCCACCACCGAGCUCCAUGAGCAGGUGACCCUGAGCUAUGGCAUGUUUGAAAACAAGCGGAAUGCGGUGCACAUCAAGGGCCCCUUCUCUGUGGAGGCUGACCCAUCCAGGUUCCGCUCUAUCCACUGCCACCUGUACCCGGACACGCCCUGGUGUCCCCGCACCGCUAUCUUCUAGCAGCCGUGGCCGAGACCCUGUCCCUGGGUGCCCCUGGUAUCCAAAGGGCCCAGGGACCCCCUGUUGUGUGUCCUGGCCUUGCUGUACGAGGCUCUUCAGGGCUGUGUGUAUUUGUGUGUGUCUAUGUUUGUGUGUUUGUGUGGCGUGCCUACCCGUGUUGCAGACUGCUGGGCAGUCGUGUUUUUCAAGGAGUGGCAGGUCUGUCCCUAACUCCUCUGCACUCUGAGGGCCACUCCAAGGGCAGGUUUUGUGGGAUCUAUGUUCAGAUCUCUGCAGUAGU